AUCUGGGCAGGGUAGCGACUGUCUGUAACCCGAGCGGGAGUAUGAGAGAUGGGAGCUGGGGCUCUCGCAGAGGACCGCUGGGAUCAUGUCGAAGGCACGUCCACUCGAAGCGCGGAGUCUCUGAUCUGGGCUCCUCGGCGGAAGCCAGGGGAGUCUGGGGAGAUGAUGCGGAAGGCACCGCGUGAGGCGGGCGACCGAGCAGCGAUCACUUCCCGCUCUGCGCAGUCGAGGGAUCACGUGCUUGAAUGCUUUCCGGGGAUCAUCCGAUGUGAGACGCCUCCUGCCACCUCUCUCUGCCUUUUGAGCCGAUGUAUUCGCUCAAAACUGCAAGCCAUGCGUUAGUGUGAUUUGGUGAGUGGAUUCUUCCAAGAAGAGUGAUCUCUUCUCGCUCAGGAGAUGAUUUGGUUGAAGAAACUGACUGCGUGAGGCAGUUUGAUGAAAGUCGACUGAGACCGAAUAUGGAAAGAGACCUUCUCACUUUCAGUUUUAUUUUUUCUGUUCUUUUCGGCUCCACAAAGCUUUCAGAGCAUGAAUGUGCACUCCGUUCUGCUUGGAUGCUGUUGCGGGGUUUCCAGUGAUGAAUCCUCCGCACAGCACAACACAAAGUGAUGGGGGCAUCCCCAUAUCAAUGGCAGCCCAGUUGCUUCACUGCUUCCUUGAGCACUUGCUUGUCACAUCACCUUUCGUACAAUGAAAUUCGGAUUUUUCUAAGCCACGAUCCAGUCUGUUGGACUGAUGUGGAAGGUUUGUGAGUGUUCAAUGUGACCAGGCUACGAUCUGGUUGCAGCAGAGCUCUCUCUUCACCAUUGUCUUGUUCAGUAGCAUUUUCGAUUUGGUACUUGGACACCAAUGUCACGUAUUCACUCUGCACGCUGUUGAUUAAUGAUCAGUGGACUAUUGAAUGUGAUCGAUCACCGAAAAAUGUCAUCGACAGCAACGAUCGAUCGAUUUGUUCUCUGCUCUGAGUCUGUAACAAUCCACCACAAGCUCAACAUGAGACUGUCCUUUUCUUACACAAUUUCGUUCAGCUCAGCUCCUCAAUGCCAUCAAAGCAUACAGCCUUUUCGAUUGUGGGUACGAAAUCGAACAAAACCGAAAUAUCCUCCUGAAAUUGACAGUCGCUUCAGAAGGUGCGUCUAUGAAGGAGAAGUUGGUCCGCGUGGACAACAAAACGAUGAAACUUGGUGCCACCGAGCUUGAGGGACUUCAUCUGGCUGCAGGUUUCACCAAGUGGCAGUUCACGACGAAGCUCUUUCCAGUGGGUGAGAAACAACGUCACGGUUUCGACUGCCGCCCUGGGGCUGAGACACGGCCCCCAGACUUUUACUGGAGGCUGCAAUGGGGGAAAGCCUGAUCCAGCAAUACGGCUUGUAAAGAUCUUUAGUCGAGUAUGCGAUUAUGAAGCGGUCCGGCCCGGUCCUCUCGACAUCUCGGGAGCACAAGCAAGACCCUAACUCCGAAUUAAAUUAGUUCGAAGACAUCGGAGCCCAUAUCAUGGCCACCGAAGAUCGCGCUUAAGUUCUCUCCUUAACCUCGACUAUGACAAGGAAAACCAGCAGAGACCGAGCUUUAAGGGGCUCUCCAGACUACACUGCCAGCACUCCGAUCUGGCCUUCAAUUGAGACACCACCAACUGGCAGCUGCAGUGAAGCCAGAAGAGUGGAGAGAUCUCAGAAGGAAGCAAGGAUCUGAUAUUUCGUUCUUCUGCACUGUAAGUCCUGGACCUGGAUGUGGCGUGACGGUGCCUUGAACUCCAAGGAUUCACACAGGGCCUUGGCGGGCACUAAAGCAAGGUCACUUCAGGUUCUGCUUAGGUGAGAGUGGACGGCUUUCAGAAAAGAAUCAGAAAAACUUUUCAGCAGUCGAGCUCUGCAUUCUAUCGAGCAAGAAUUCAGUCAUUCAUUCGGUUAUCGGUCUGGCCUCGGGUCUUUCUAUCCUUACCUGGAUACCUGGAGAUGGCAGGACAUUCACUUGCUGGAGCUCGUGCUUCCUCGUGUGAAAGUCCAAAUCUGAGCACGAUGAUAUUAACCCAAAAUUGGCAAGCAAAAAAAUAAUCUAUUCUGAACGAGUGUGAACUGGAGUUAUGAAAGAGGCCCGGUCUUGAAGAAACAGUGAUUAAGAUUCCCUGCGAAUCAAUUUUGUUAGUGAACUCCAUUUCUUCGUCAAGUCGGCUGGCCUCGAAUCGUCUCGACUCAGAAACAACCGAACUGUCUUCCGGAAUAGUUGUCGGUGACUGGUACGAAUCUCAUCGUCACUGGCGCCACUGAUGGCUCUCAAACCAAACUGCCACUGCUCGCGCAAGCUCGGCGACAGCUUCGAGUUUGUUGCGCUAUGCGGCAUGUCUGCUUGUCUGCGUGCAUGCAGUUCGCUCCGCCACGCCCGAUUGAAAUCACAAUCAGUCGAGCGGCGGAAUUGAUCCGCUCGUGAUCAGCUGCUGGGAAUCGCUGCCCCGGAAUUGAAUGGCGGCUUUCUGUGGCGAAUUGUUUCUGGCGGUUCCCGUCACCGAUCGAUCGUGCGGCAAGGAAGCUGAACGAAUCGGAACCAUUUGGAGGCCGAAAUUAAAUCAUUGAUGGCAGAAGGGACUCGUGUGACGGUAGAAAUCGAAGAAGCGAAGCAGGAGUUGGCAUUGCUGCUCACCAGGCUCGACGAGAAGAGCCUCGUGGAGAAGGGCUGCGCUCGAGACAUCGCCAGCGCUAGACACGAAUUGGCCAAUUUGAGGUCCAUGUACGAAUGCCAGCGCAAGGCUUACAACGACGCGCAGAGCAGGCUCCGGUUUCUCAAGCUUCCCGACUCGGACACUUUCGGCGACAGCUCCAGCUUCCGAGGAGAUGUCAUCUUCGUCAUCCAUGCGAGCAUUCCCCGACUGAUUCACGCCCACCGCUUCAUUCUGGCCGGGAGGUCAUCGGUGUUCAACCGAAUGUUCGAGGCCGGAAUGCUGGAGGAGCAAACGGGAAGGAUCCACAUCAACGAUGCGUCGUACGCGACGAUGAGGGCGGUGGUGAACUACUGCUACACGGCGGAAAUCUCGUUCGACGAGACGGUGCUGCCUCAGGAGGUUCUCAAAGUCGCGCACAAGUACGACAUCCCUCUGCUCAGAAAGAUCUGCGACGAGGAGCUGUGCGAGCGGAUCAACCAGGCGAAUCUGGCCGACAUGCUGAGGCUGUGCCGCAUGUACGACGCGCACAAACUCCAGCGGGAGGCCAUGAAGUACUUCAAGAAGAAUUUCGACAUGGUUCAGGACUCCGUGCUCGACAACCUCAUCCCCAUCGCCCCGUAAGUUAGCCUCCGCGACCUCGCCCCAGAUCACCGCAAACGCCUCGAAAUUCGACCUUCAAAACAACACCUGGACACUACAGCUCUAAAGCGAUCGGCGAUGCCUCUCACGCCACGCACUGACGAGCAUUCCAACGAUCCCUCCCCAUCUCCUCGACCAAAUGUCGGAUUCCCUCGACUUUCGGUCGAGGGAUCCGACAUUUGGCCGACAUCGCUCGCAGUUUCCCCACCACGCCCGUGAGUCUUCGCGACGCGCUGGGCUGGCGUGUCGUGAACGAUGGCCAAUCAGCACGGAGAAAGAGGGCAAGAGCCCCGCGACACCAUAAAGGGAUCCAUCGUCGCGAGAAAGUGGAUGCAGACCGCCGUGCCUCGGUUGGGCUUGCUCGACUGCAGUGUCGUGAAUAGUCAAAUGCCUUCGGGUGAAGUGGACUGUAACUGCGCACCUUUGUAACUGCGCACUUAUGUAACUGCGUUUUGGUUGAUUUUAGCGGCGACCACUCUCUCUCGGGAAUCCUCUGCGGUGGAGGAUAAUUUUGGUCCAAGAUGCGAAAGAUUCCAGUCCUUCAUGUACAAUGCCUCGCAGAUGCCUCGUUUAGACAACAUGGACACCCUUCCGCCCAGAAAUUGUUAUUUUCCUUCGAGUUUAAAGUAUGGGUAACUAUAUCAUUCUAUUUCACAUG